AUGGAAGAUAGUUCACGGUUAGCACACGGCAUCAGAUGUUACAAAUGCGGACAGUACAACGAGGGAGUCGGCAGUAUCACGCCGUGCAUCAAUUACACCGCUCACAUGCAUCUGAAGGAGUGUCCACCCUCGUCCGAAUGGUGCAUCAAAUACGUCAGCGAGGGCUCGACAGUUCGAGACUGCGUGCCGUCGUGCGUGGAAAAGGAGGCCUGGAGCACGAGGACGUACUGUUGCCAGCAAGAUGGCUGCAACUCUGCCCCGACGUUCGCGUCCAGCAGCAGCCUCGCGGUCCUCGCGAUCACGAUGUCGGUCCUCCUGGUGUUUCGUGGCUAAUACG